AUGGGUGACUAUGAAAAAGUUUCUUUAACAAAGGAUAGUAGUGCCAUCCUACAGAGAAAGCUUCCAAAAAAGUUGAGAGAUCCAAGGAGGUUUACCAUACCUUGUACUAUUGGAAACAUUGAUUGUAAGCAAGCAUUGUGUGAUAUGGGAGCAAGUAUUAACUUGAUGCCACUUUCAAUUUUCACAAGACGUGGGAUAGGCGAGGCAAGACCCACUACAGUUCAGUUGGCAGACUAUUUUGUCAAGCACCCACGAGGUGUCAUUGAAGUCAUGUUGGUGAAGGUAGACAAAUUUAUAUUUCAUGCCCACUUUAUUGUAUUAGACAUCCAAGAUGCAAAUGUGUCGAUUAUCUUGGGAAGGCCUUUCUUAGCUACAGGACAGACUCUUAUUGAUGUACAGAAAUGA